AAACUGACAACAUCACGCACAAAGGUCACAGAGAGAAAAGGAAAGCAUUACUAGUCAUAGGACAGCAAAGUUAGUGAGUACAGAAAGAGGGAAGAUAAAAGGGAUCACCAUGGUGGCCAUCGCAGAGUUCCAAAAGAUUGGUAUUGGUCUGAUGGGAUUUGGUUUAUUCUUCCUGCUCUUUGGUGUGCUGCUUUACUUUGACUCUGUAUUGCUGGCCUUUGGAAACAUCCUAUUUUUGGCUGGUUUAACAUUCAUCAUUGGCUUCAGGAGGACAGCCCACUUCUUCUUCCAAAGACACAAGUUUCGAGGUUCUUUUUUCUUCCUGGGAGGUGUAUCCCUGGUGCUGUUCCGCUGGCCAAUAAUUGGUAUGCUGGUGGAGAGUUACGGCUUUGUGCUUUUAUUCAGGUCCUUCUUCCCCAUGGCCUUGGGUUUUGUACUGUCAGCUGUGAAUAUCCCUUUCCUCAGUGGAUAUUUCUCCAGCAGCUCCUCCAUGGUCUGAGCAGAAGAUUGUAAUACCAGAAAACUGAUGAGUGACUGCUUGUUAAUGUUAGAUAUUAAAAUAUACAGUGUACUGGAUUGUGGGCUGUGAGGUAACGAUGAAUACUGUAAACAAGCAGUCAAAUUGUAAGCUGGUUAAAAGCUAUUUUUGGAUAGGGUAUUUUUAAACCUUUUAAUAUUGAUAUUUAAAACAUUUUUGAAUGAAAAUUAAACCAUUCACCACACACGCUUAUUCCAUGUUAGAUUAUUUCAGAUCUUCAUUUGAGUUAUUUUAUGGUUACAUUUUGGUUUCUAUGGCUGCAUCAAAUAUUCUACAUGUCCAUUUCCCCCUAAAUUACCUUGACAUUCUCUGGAAAUUGAGAUCUCUAUUAUAAAAGUUAUAAUGGGGGGGGGGGCGCACAACUAUACUGCUAGAGUUGAUGAAACAAAUCAGAUCCAGUCAAACAUGUUAAACAUUAUUAACAGACAAAGGCUCAAUAUGUUUUCCUUUUCAAAAGAUGAAUCCUUUUUCAUUUUAAAUGAUAAGACAUCUACAAUAAUCAUCCGUCAAAGGAAGGUGAGAAUGGAGACUGCCAGUUGUUGAGAAAUUGUCUUCUUUCUGCCACUAUUCCAAAUUUUAGACAGUUCUGUAGUUUUGUUCACACUGAUACAAUUGAUGUAAGCUCCAACAAUCCAUAGAGCAAGAAUAGAAUAGAGCAGUACACAAUCAUAUGUUAGAAUACUGUAUCUCUGAUUAGUAACAGUGAAAUAUGGGACAACUGAUGGAUAUAUUCUAUGCAAUUUACUUGAAGUGUACAGACUUAAAUUGUAUUAGCUGAUAUAUGCUAUUAACUGAGUUUUUAGGAUAACAUAUUUUAGAUAUGUGUCCAAUUUAGUUUGGACACAUAUGCAAUGUUGAAAAAGAAGGCUUUUCUGGUUAAAUAAAAUAAAAUAAAUAAAAAUGUAGUUUACACAUUCCUUUGUAGCAGUAUUAUUUAUGAAUGUUUGCAAAUGUUCUUCUUUUACUUUAGGGUCCAAAAUUAACAGCAACAAAGACUGGAUAGCAAAGGAAAAUAAAGCAAGUACAAACUGUAAACUUAGUGUAUUCGAAAAGGUAAAUAAGUCUGACAUCAAAAGUUAAAAGUUAAAAGUGACUUUAUUUAUGGAGCAUACACACAAGCAGUUAAGUGUUUUACACAGGUACUUAAUUUAAUAAAUACAACAUAGAUAACAUUCAUUAUAUUACAAAUGAUUAGAAAACAAUAACAGAUAAUAAUUUUCAACAAGUAUGGAGUCUCAUGUAUGAAUUUUUGUAAAGUGAGUGGAGUCACAGAAUUAAAAAAU